CCAACCUUGGAUGGAGCGUCGGUGAAGCAAGAGCUCAGAGGGGAGAGGGGCUGGCCUGGCAUGACCCUCGCCAGUCCCCCCACCUGGCUGGGUGAUGUCCCCCGGCCCGGGUUCUGGGGCCCCUUGGCAGUACCAUGGAGCAACUGACAACCCUCCCACGGCCUGGGGACCCCGGAGCCAUGGAGCCAUGGGCACUGCCUACCUGGCAGAGCUGGACUCCAGGUCGAGGGGGUGAACCUGGCAGUGCAGCCCCAAGCGUCGCUGAUACUCCUCCGGCAGCUCUGCAGCUUCAAGAACUGAGGUCUGAGGAGAGUUCCAAGCCCAAAGGAGCCGGGAGCUCCAGGCCUGUGGGGGGAACUGACCCUGAAGGAACAGAGGCUUGUCUGCCCAGCCUGGGGCAGCAAGCAUCGAGCUCUGGACCAGCUUGCCAGAGGCCAGAGGAUGAGGAAGUGGAGGUUUUCCCGAAGGCCAAGCUGAAUAUGAGCUUUGGGGACAGGCCCAAUCUGGAGCUGCUGAGGGCCCUGGGGGAGCUGCGGCAGCGCUGUGCCAUCCUUAAGGAGGAAAACCAGAUGCUGAGGAAGAGCAGCUUCCCUGAGACGGAAGAGAAGGUGCGGAGGCUGAAGAGGAAGAACGCCGAGCUGGCGGUCAUUGCCAAGCGCCUGGAGGAGAGGGCCCGAAAGCUGCAGGAAACGAACCUGAGGGUGGUGAGUGCCCCUUUGCCCCGGCCGGGGGCCAGCUUGGAGUUGUGUCGGAAGGCCCUAGCCCGCCAGCGAGCCCGGGACCUCAGUGAGACAGCCAGUGCACUGCUGGCCAAGGACAAGCAGAUUGCUGCCUUGCAGCGGGAGUGCAGGGAGCUGCAGGCCAGGCUCACUCUGGUGGGCAAGGAGGGUCCCCAGUGGCUCCACGUGCGGGACUUCGAUCGGCUGCUGCGCGAGUCCCAGCGGGAGGUGCUGCGGCUGCAGAGGCAGAUCGCGCUGCGCAACCAGCGGGAGACGCCCCCGCUCCCGCCGUCCCGGCCCCCGGGCCCUGCUCUCCAGGCCAGAGCAGGGGCGCCGGCUCCCGGGGCCCCGGGAGAGGCCUCGCCCCAGGAGGAUGCGGACAACCUACCCGUGAUUCUAGGGGAGCCAGAGAAAGAGCAGAGGGUGCAGCAGCUGGAAUCAGAGCUCAGCAAGAAGCGGAAGAAAUGCGAGAGCCUGGAGCAGGAAGCCCGGAAAAAGCAGAGGCGAUGUGAGGAGCUGGAACUGCAACUGAGAGAAGCGCAGAAUGAGAAUGCCCGCCUGGUGGAGGAGAACUCCCGGCUCAGUGGGACAGUCACAGAGAAGGAGCAGGUGGAGUGGGAGAAUGAGGAGCUGAGGGGCCAGCUCCUGGGGGUGACACAGGAGAGGGACUCAGCCCUUCGCAAGAGCCAGGGCCUGCAGAGCAAGCUGGAGAGCCUGGAGCAAGUGUUGAAGCACAUGCGGGAGGUGGCCCAGCGGCGGCAGCAGCUGGAGGUGGAGCAUGAACAGGCUCGGCUCAGCCUACGGGAGAAGCAGGAGGAGGUCCGGAGGCUGCAGCAGGCCCAGGCGGAAGCCCAGAGGGAACAUGAAGGAGCCGUGCAGCUGCUGGAGUCUACCUUGGAUUCCAUGCAGGCCCGGGUUCGAGAGCUCGAGGAACAGUGCCGCAGCCAAACCGAGCAGUUCAGCCUCCUGGCACAGGAACUCCAGGCUUUCCGCCUGCACCCGGGCCCCUUGGAUCUGCUCACAUCUGCCCUGGACUGCGGGAGCCUUGGAGACUGCCCACCACCCCCCUGCUGCUGCUCCACUCCCCAGCCUUGCCGGGGGUCUGGCCCCAAAGGAAGCCCGGCUAUGGAGGGCCUGGUCCCCAUAUCCAAGAAGCACCACCCUAUCUCCUGGUCCCUCCUCAGGCCACAGACCCCAAGCCCACGUGCCAUCUUCUCUUUAGACCUUGACCUCCCGCCGGGCUCCCCUGGGCGCUGCACCCCAAAGUCUUCCGAGCCUGCCCCUGCCACCCUCACUGGGGUCCCUCGAAGGACAGCCAAGAAGGCAGAGUCUCUCUCCAACUCCUCCCACUCUGAGUCCAUCCACAACAGCCCCAAGUCAUGCCCUACACCUGAGGUGGACACAGCCAGUGAGGUAGAGGAGCUGGAGGCAGACAGUGUCUCCCUGCUCCCAGCCGUGCCAGAGGGCAGCCGGGGAGGAGCCAGGAUCCAGGUCUUCCUAGCACGUUAUAGCUACAACCCCUUUGAGGGUCCCAAUGAGAAUCCAGAAGCAGAGCUUCCGCUGACAGCUGGCGAGUACAUCUAUGUCUAUGGCAACAUGGAUGAGGAUGGCUUUUUUGAAGGAGAGCUCAUGGAUGGCCGAAGGGGCCUGGUCCCUUCCAAUUUUGUAGAGCGUGUGUCGGAUGAUGACCUCCUGACCUCCCUCCCUCCAGAGCUGGCCGAUUUGUCCCACAGCUCAGGCCCUGAACUCAGUUUCCUGAGUGUAGGUGGGGGUGGCAGCAGUAGCGGGGGCCAAAGCAGCGGGGGACGGAGCCAGCCCAGACCUGAGGAGGAGGAUGCAGUGGAUGAGCUCAGUCUGAGCCCAUCACCGGAGGGCCUGGGCGAGCCUCCUGCUGUGCCUUACCCCCGCCGUCUGGUGGUCCUCAAGCAGCUGGCCCACAGUGUGGUGCUGGCCUGGGAGCCGCCUCUUGAGCGAGUGGAGCUACACGGCUUCCAUAUCUGUGUGAAUGGGGAGCUGCGACAGGCCCUGGGGCCUGGGGCACCACCCAAGGCUGUGCUGGAGAACCUGGACCUGCGGGCCGGGCCCCUUCACAUUUCUGUCCAGGCCCUGACCAGCCGGGGCAGCUCUGACCCACUGCGCUGUUGCUUGGCGGUGGGUGCCCGGGCCGGAGUGGUGCCCAGCCAGCUGCGGGUCCAUCGGUUGACAGCCACAUCUGCUGAGAUCACCUGGGUGCCCGGCAAUAGCAACUUGGCCCAUGCCAUCUACCUCAAUGGGGAAGAGUGCCCACCUGCCAGCCCCAGUACCUACUGGGCCACCUUCUGCCACUUACGGCCUGGCACACCCUAUCAGGCCCAAGUGGAGGCUCAGCUCCCACCCCAAGGGCCUUGGGAACCAGGCUGGGAGAGGCUGGAGCAGCGGGCUGCCACCCUGCAGUUCACCACACUCCCAGCAGGCCCGCCUGAUGCCCCUCUGGAUGUGCAGAUCGAGCCUGGGCCCUCCCCUGGGAUCCUGAUCAUCAGUUGGCUCCCAGUCACCAUCGAUGCUGCUGGCACAUCCAACGGUGUCCGGGUCACAGGCUAUGCCAUCUACGCUGAUGGGCAGAAGAUCAUGGAAGUGGCCUCGCCCACAGCAGGCAGUGUACUGGUGGAGUUGUGCCAGCUGCAGCUGCUGCAGGUGUGUCGUGAGGUGGUCGUGCGCACCAUGUCGCCCCAUGGGGAGUCGGCGGACUCCAUCCCAGCUCCUAUCACUCCCGCCCUGGCUCCGGCCAGCCUGCCAGCCCGAGUCUCCUGCCCCUCACCGCAACCAAGCCCAGAGGCCAGAGCGCCCCUUGCUUCAGCCUCCCCAGGGCCUGGAGACCCCAGCUCUCCUCUCCAGCACCCUGCUCCCCUUGGAACUCAAGAGCCUCCAGGAGCACCCCCUGCAAGCCCUUCCAGAGAGAUGCCAAAAGGGUCCCACGAGAACCCUCCAGCACCUUGCCCCCAGGUACCCUGUCUGGGGAGAGGGGAGCAGGUGCAGGCUGGCAGAGGGACCUGGGCUUGGGUCCUUCCUCAGUGCUCUCUGUUCCAGGAGGAGGCUGGGGCAGCAGUGCUGGGCACCUCAGAGGAGAGGACAGCCAGCACAUCCACCCUGGGUGAGAAGGACCCUGGCCCCGCAGCUCCCUCACUGGCCAAGCAGGAGGCCGAGUGGACUGCAGGAGAGGCCUGCCCGGCCUCCAGCUCCACCCAGGGAGCACUGGCCCAGCAGGCGCUGAAUACCGAGACGUGCCAAGGAGGAGACCCAGGGUCUGGGCUGAGGCCCAGGGCUGAGAAGGAGGACACAGCAGAGCUCGGGGUUCAUCUGGUGAACUCCCUCGUGGACCACGGCCGCAACUCAGACCUGUCAGACAUCCAGGAGGAAGAGGAGGAGGAGGAGGAGGAGGAGAAAGAGGAACUGGGUUCCAGGACUUGCUCCUUCCAGAAGCAGGUUGCUGGCAACAGCAUCAGGGAGAAUGGGGCCAAGUCCCAGCCCGACCCCUUUUGUGAGACUGACAGCGAUGAGGAGAUCUUGGAGCAGAUCCUGGAGCUGCCCCUCCAGCAGUUCUGCAGCAAGAAGCUCUUUAGCAUCCCGGAGGAGGAGGAGGAGGAAGAGGAGGAUGAGGAAGAGGAGAAGCCAGGGGCAGGCUGUUCUUCCCCAGACCCUGGCCCGCCUGAACCUGCAUUGCUGGGACUGGGCUGUGACAGUGGUCAGCCCCGAAGACCUGGCCAGUGUCCCUUGUCUCCUGAGUCCUCCAGGGCUGGAGAUUGCCUGGAAGACAUGCCUGGAUUAGUUGGUGGAAGCAGCCGGAGGAGAGGAGGGGGCUCCCCUGAGAAGCCCCCAAGCCGCAGGCGGCCUCCAGAUCCCCGUGAACACUGCAGCCGACUUCUCAGCAACAAUGGGCCCCAGGCCUCUGGACGACCGGGCCCCACGCGGGAGAGGGGUGGCCUCCCCAUAAUUGAGGGCCCCAGGACUGGACUAGAGGCUAGCGGGAGAGGGCGGCUGGGCCCCUCCCGGAGGUGCUCCCGUGGCCGGGCACUGGAGCCUGGCCUGGCCAGCUGCCUUUCCCCCAAGUGCUUGGAAAUCAGCAUUGAAUAUGAUUCGGAGGACGAGCAGGAGGCGGGCAGCGGGGGCAUCAGCAUCACCAGCUCCUGCUACCCUGGAGAUGGGGAGGCCUGGGGCACAGCAACUGUAGGAAGGCCCAGGGGGCCUCCGAAGGCCAAUUCAGGCCCCAAACCCUACCCACGCCUCCCAGCCUGGGAGAAAGGGGAGCCAGAGCGGAGAGGCCGCAGUGCGACCGGCAGAGCCAAGGAGCCACUCUCCCGGGCAACAGAGACCGGAGAGGCCAGAGGGCAGGACAGCUCUGGGCGGAGAGGCCUCCAGAAGAGAGGUGUCCGAGUCCUCAGGCCAAGCACUGCAGAGCUAGUCCCUGCAAGGAGCCCCUCAGAAACACUGGCUUACCAGCACCUACCCGUCAGGAUCUUUGUGGCUCUGUUUGACUAUGACCCCGUGUCAAUGUCGCCCAAUCCUGAUGCUGGAGAAGAAGAGCUUCCCUUCCGAGAGGGUCAGAUCCUGAAGGUGUUUGGGGACAAGGAUGCCGACGGCUUCUACCAGGGUGAAGGUGGGGGCCGGACAGGCUACGUUCCCUGCAACAUGGUGGCUGAGGUGGCUGUGGACAGCCCUGCUGGGAGACAGCAACUGCUCCAGCGGGGUUAUUUGUCCCCAGAUAUUCUCCUUGAGGGCUCAGGGAAUGGUCCCUUUGUGUACUCCACAGCCCGCACAACUGGGCCUCCUCCCAAGCCCCGCCGCUCCAAGAAAGCUGAGUCGGAAGGCCCUGCCCAGCCCUGUCCAGGUGAAGGAACAUCCCUGGGCCCGGGAGGCUGGGGAAGGAGACAGGGCCCCCCUAAGCUGGUCCCCUCUGCUGACCUGAAAGCUCCCCGCUCCAUGGUGGCUGCAUUUGAUUACAACCCCCAGGAGAGUUCCCCCAAUAUGGACGUGGAGGCAGAGCUGCCCUUCCGGGCAGGGGACAUCAUUACUGUGUUUGGGGGCAUGGACGAUGACGGUUUCUACUAUGGGGAAUUAAAUGGACAAAGGGGCCUGGUUCCAUCCAACUUCCUGGAGGGCCCUGGGCCUGAGUCAGGCGGCCUGGACAGGGAACCCAGGACAUCCCAGGCUGAGAGUCAGAACUGGGGCUGCACCACACAAGGGCCCCUGGGGCCCCCAGGUGGGCCUUGUAUCCCCAGCCCUGGCAGCGCCCCCAGGAUUGAACGUGGGGAGCCCCAGGGCAGAAGCGAGAAGGUGUGGGGUUUCUUCUCCAAGGGGAAGCAGCUCCUCAGGAGGCUGGGCUCUGGGAAGAAGGAGUGAAGCUGUGGCCCAUCCUGCAGGCAGAAGAGGCCCUGAGAGGCCCCCAGAUCACUGUCUCUGCCGAGCAGGGAAGGCUCAGACUGGGCCCAGAGCCCCCGUUCUUCUGCGUUAACACUGUGGCAUUCAGAGGGAAUCAAAGAGCCUUGGUGAAGGUCAGAGCUAAAUGGCUCCUUAAGGAUGAACUCUCUAGAGAAGCACCUUCCUCCUACAGGAGGGGAAACUGAGCCCACAGUGAGUAUGUAACUUGACCAAGGUCACUGAGCCAGGGCUGGACCCAGAACCCUCGCGUCCUGGUCCACCCACCUCGUCUACUAGUGUCCCACAGUGCUGCGCUAGUCCCUUCUGCCACCCUUCCCAGUCCCAGGACGGGCCCUGGCGGGAGAAAGGAGCCUGUGCCCCCUGAUGGCUCUGGCUGUCCUGAUCCUGUCUUCCCUCCCCUGAAGGAAAGUUUGCACUGGAUUUUCUUGGAGCCCCAUCUCCCCAGCGGGCAGGCGGGCGGAGCCUGUAUAUAUGUAUAUACUCAGUGCCUCAGUUCAACUUCCUCCACCUCGCUUCCACUGCACAGGCCCGGGAAGGAGAAAGGCCAAGCCAAAGUGGGCCCCACCCUGCCCCCGUCGUGCUCCAUCCUUCCCUGCCAGGGCCUGCUGGCCCUUGUAAGGUCCCGCCCCCAAAGACCCUGGGGCCAGCGGGGCCGAAAGCGGAGUUGGGUUUGCCUUAUUUUGCUCAUUGGAUUCAAGUUCUUUUGCAUAGUUUUCUUCUAACCCCUGUUGGAGUCCAGGGGCUGGAGAAAAGGACAGAUUUAUGCAGCUAUUUUCAUACAUUCCCCGUUCAGAGUGGGGUAGGGGUUCUCCACCGUUACCCGAUCCACUCCAUCCCCCACCCUCUGAGGGGUGAGUGUCUCUUUGCAUGUUUCUUUUGCUGUGGUGGGAGAUAGUUUGACUGAACCCCCACCCCGACCUUGGUCUCCAGGGGUGUGAAAUGGUGGGGGAAUUUGUUUAAAAAGACAUUUUAUUAUAAUAAAGUCUAUUUUCACAAAAUCUA